AACUGCACGUUUCCCUUGGAUGUUGAAGUUGUUGCUGUUUCUUUUAUUUUGUUUUUCAUUAGUAUUUUAUACAAUUAGUUAAAGUUAAUCAAGUCUUAGUUAAUAGAAAACUUUAUUUCUGAGUGAUCAUGCCCGGGCCUGACUUGUUAUCGAGCCAAGGUCUUCGCUUAGACGGCAGAAGACCAAACGAGCUAAGACGAAUUCGGUGUAAACUUGGAGUGUUCACACAGCCUGAUGGAAGUGCCUAUUUGGAACAAGGAAACACCAAGGUCUUAGCCGCUGUAUACGGUCCUCAUCAGGCAGCUAAAUCAAAAAUGAACACAGAAGGAGUUGUUGUUAAUUGCCAAUACAGUAUGGCCACAUUCUCUACAGGAGAAAGAAAGAACAGGCCCCGUGGUGACCGGAAGUCGCAGGAGAUGUCAAUGCACCUGAGGCAGGUGCUAAUAGCGGCUAUCAAGACUGAGUUAUACCCUCGCUCACAGAUUGACAUUUAUGUGGAAGUCUUACAGGCAGAUGGCAGUGCAUUCUGUGCCUGUGUGAACGCAGCGAGCUUAGCACUAAUCAAUGCAGGCAUCCCAAUGCGCGCCAUUGUGUGCGCGUCGUCUGCCUCCAUGGCGUGGCGCGGUGCCGAGCCACAGCCGCUCGUGGAUGUGGGCCAUGUGGAGGAGGCGGCGGGCGGUGUGUGUCUCACCGUGGCCGCCAUGCCCACCACAGGAAGUAUAGCUCUUCUGGAGAUGUCCCACAGACUGCACAUGGACUACUUUGACCUAGUGUUGAGCAGAGCUAUGCAGGGCUGCAGAGAUAUUGAGGCAGUGCUGGACCGAGCAGUAAGAGAUCACCUGGCAGAGGGCUGGACUAAGCCAGAUGCUUGAAAUAAAUUCGCAUUUAAAA